AUGCCCUUACUAGGAGCUCGAACUGCUCCCGCCAAGUUUAAAGGCAAGCACAAUUUGGUCAAGAGAUUUAUUAGGCAGUACAAGCAGAUGUGUGCCAUCUAUAACAUGCUCGGCAAGGAAAGAUGCAAAUGGAUCAUAGAUUAUUGCUCUUCCAUGGUCACACAAUUUAUUGAAUCCCUAGACAGUUUCAUGGAUGGUAAUUGGGAUCAGCUGGAAGAGGACAUACUGACCUAUUAUAAUGCUGACUUAAGCGAGUCUCGAUACUUAAUCAAAAGAAUACACAACCUGAAAAAGUUCAAACAAUAUGAGGUAGAUUUCCUGACAGUAUCCAAUUGGCUGUUAUGCAAGAAGAAAAUUACGAAGAAUGAACAACACACAAAAUUUUGGUAUGGGCUGAACAACAAACUACGUGAAGCGGUGGAAGCCCAUCACCUUGCUAUGCAUCCUCAGUAUGAUCCACAGCAGAUAAUUGUACACAAUGAUGUAGCAAAAAUCAUUUACAAUAUGUUCACAUGA